GGUGCUCCCGCGCCUGAUCCGGGUUCAUGGAGCCGGGGCUGUGGCUCCUUUUCGGGCUCACAGUGACCUCCGCCGCAGGGUUGGUGCCUCAUCCCCAGCCUGGGGAUGCUGGCAGAACCGACAGAUCCCAGGGGCCGCCUGCAGCCCGAUCUGAGGGGGACUGGAACAACAGCAAAGAGACCGUGGCCGGCCCUGGUGAGGGGACUAUGGUCCCGACAGCAGCGCAGGGUGUAAGCCCUAGAAGUCCUGGGCAGGAGCAGGGACGAGGUCAGUCUGGGGUGCCGGUGGCCAAGGGGGGCCCUGCACACCACCGUGCGAGGCGCUGCACGUGCUUCACCUACAAGGACAAGGAGUGUGUCUACUAUUGCCACCUGGACAUCAUCUGGAUCAAUACUCCUGAACAGACUGUGCCCUAUGGACUGUCCAACUACAGAGGACGCUUCCGGGACAAGAGGUCCUUGGGACUGAUUUCGGGGAGCUGGAAGCCCUCGAAGGAGAAACACUUGCGCUGCGUGUGUGUGGGGAGAGACGACAAGGCCUGCGUGCGCUUCUGCUCCCAGACCCCAGAAGUCAGCAGUCAUUCAAGGACAGCAGGAAAGCCAGACAGCGGAGAGGAGGGGAAGGCCAGGGGUUCCGACAGAGGCCGGCGUCGCAGGAGGUUGAAGUCAAGGACAGACAAAGCAAGUAGGCUUUAGACCUGCAGCACCAGUGCUUCUGCCCAGCGGUGGACCUCA